AUGAUGCCGCACGAGCCGACCAGGCAAGGGACCUCUUCGUCGCACGGGAUGGCGGCCGCCCCGGCAAGGCAGCACAUCUGGCCCUGCGACUUGAUGCACACGGUGGGCGAGACACAGCGAAUCGCGCAGCAGACGCAGCAGAGCGUCGGCGCGUUGCUUGCAGCAGUACUCGACCUCGAGGCAGCACAUGGUCUCGCUGGCCAUGCACCACAUGCACCCAUCCCCGAAGAGGAAGCCGUCGUAGCAGCAGCAGCACCCGUCGCAGACGACGAUCGCGUCGUUGUCGAGCGCGUCGCCGUCGCCGCCCAUUGCUUCGAGCAACCUCGGCGAAUCUUGUGUCCUGACAGCGUGCAGCGAGUGCCCCAGGUCGAGCAGGCCUGA